AUGCUGCAGGAACUCAGUCAUAUGGAUCGCAUCACACAGCUCCAGGAUGAACUGCAACAGCUCCUCACGAUAAUGUCUAGCACAAUCGCGUUCCUCACGUCCCGAGCGAACUUCAUGCAAACCAGCCCCGACGUUCCGAUUACGAAGAUGCGUCCGGAGGGCAAGGUCGACACGCCGGAGAUGGCUGAAGCGAACAGGAAGGAGCUGGUCGCCGACCUUAUCGUGAAGGCGAAGCAGAUUGACUAUCUCAUACAGUCGCUUCCGGAGCCUGAGCCAGAGGAGGUGCAGGCGAACCGCUUUCGAGUCCUCGAGGAGGAGAUGACUGAGGCGAAUGCUGAGUACGUGCGAGCAGUUAACCGCGCAAAGAGCUUAUACCAGCAGAUAUCGGCUGUCUUGCGAACUAUGUUAGAUGAUCAGGAUCUGCCGGACGACAUGCCUGGUUAA